CCCUGGCCGAGGCAAACAAGCGUCUGGCUGAGGCUCCAGCAGAAGCAACGGGCUUUCCGUGGGCAGCGUACGGGGGAAACACGGCGCCGUAGCGGCUUUAUACUGCUUAAAGUGGGAUUUACCGGGGAGUGGUAACAAAUAGAGACCUCCAGCCAGGGCCAGCGGCUGUGAUCUGUAUGCGAGGAUCGAGACAGAGGAUCAGAGGCUGGAGGGCUGAUUCAGAGCCGCCAGUUCCAGCAGCAGCAGCAGCAGCAGCAGCAGUGUCUGUCCUGGAUCUACCUACCCUCGUGCUCUCAACACCACUUGUGACCUCUUUUGUCUUCAACCAAACAUCAGCCAGGCAGAGGGGAACAAACUCUGCCAAAGAAAUACAAGAACAGACAUUUUCUGCUGUAGAUAUAUAGUUUAUAGUCUCUUGGAGGUGUCCGUCCCGCUGAAUCAUGGAGGCCAUUGCCAAGUAUGAUUUCAAAGCGACUGCAGAUGAUGAGCUAAGUUUUAAACGAGGAGAAGUCCUUAAGGUAUUAAAUGAAGAAUGUGACCAGAACUGGUAUAAAGCAGAGCUGAACGGAAAAGACGGUUUCAUCCCUAAGAACUACAUAGAAAUGAAAGCACAUCCGUGGUUUUUCGGGAGGAUUCCUCGAGCCAGAGCGGAGGAACUACUGAACAAACAGAGGCACGACGGAGCUUUCCUUAUUAGAGAGAGCGAGAGCGCACCCGGAGACUUCUCCCUGUCCGUCAAGUUCGGUAAUGACGUGCAGCACUUUAAAGUGUUGCGUGACGGAGCAGGGAAGUACUUCCUGUGGGUGGUAAAGUUUAACUCUCUGAAUGAGCUGGUGGAUUAUCAUCGCUCCACCUCCGUCUCACGAAACCAACAGAUCUUUCUACGAGACAUCGAGCAGGUUACUCAGCACCCGACAUAUGUGCAGGCCCUGUUCGACUUCGACCCUCAGGAGGACGGUGAGCUGGGAUUCCGGCGUGGAGAUUUCAUCCAGGUCCUAGACAACUCCGACCCCAACUGGUGGAAGGGAGCGUGCCACGGCCAGACGGGCAUGUUCCCCCGCAAUUACGUCACGCCCGUCAGUCGGAACAUGUAGAACGGAUCAAAUAAAAGUCCCUCUCUUCCUGUACACACACACACACAUCUACACACACACACACACACACACACACACAUAAUCUAUACACACACUCACACACACACACACACACUCUCACCAACCCUAAACCCUCUGAUCCUGCCCCGAACCCUCAGCCUACACCCUGAGAUCUCCACCGCGAAAACAGAGAGACGGAAAUCUUGGAGAGAGAGAGCGAGAGAUAGAUAGAGAAGAAGAAAAGAAGAAGAAAAAAGUGUAGAGAACGGACGUCUCUGCAGGGCGUCUGGGCGAGAUCAGCGCUGAUUCCUGAGAAUAUCUGCAGCACCACGAACGCUUCAGGGUGGAAGCAGAGAGAGAGCAACACAGACCACAGAAUCAGAAAUAUUAUAAUAAAUAAAUAAAAAAACAUCACAAAUAUGAUAACAAUUAUGAUGAUGAUGAUGAUGAUGAUGAUUAUGAUUAUGAUGAUGAUGAUUCUGUCUUAGAUUCGUUCACCUUGCUGCUUUUGCCUCCCCUUUAGUUUUCUUUUUUUUUUUCGUCUGAAGUAAAAGCAUUUGUGCAUUUAUUAUUAUUAGGUUUUUUUUUUUUUUCCUUUUUUUUUUUUCUUUUGUUUUUUGUUUGUUUUUGGCUGCAUGUUUUAAUCACAAUUUUGCAUAACAAAAUUCUAAGGCUGUUUUAAGUUUUUAAAAAAUAUAUUAAACAUAAAAAAAAAAUUACGGCAAAUUAUAUUAGGUUUAAAAAAAAAAGUAAAAAAAAAGAAGACUGAUGCUACUCAGAAGUGGUGGAAAUCUUUUCUGAAAUAAAUCUGAAAUCAUGAGAUCACGGGCACAAUAGCAUUGUACAUCAACGUACACUUCGGGCUGUGUAUAACAAAAAAUAUAUAUAUAAUAAUUAAAAUUAAAAAAAGGAAAAAGAACAAAAAAAAAGAGAAAAAAAUCACCUAUAGAGAGAAGAAUCCAUUUUUUAAGAAUAUAUUAUAUAUAUAUAUUUGUAUGUGUUUGUCUGUUUUACGUUUUACCUUCCACUUUUUUUUCCUUUUCUAUUUUUUUGUUUGUUUUUGCUUUUUGUUCUACUGUUUUGUAAAUUAUGUUUAAAAAAAUAUUUUUUUCUUUUUUUUUCUUUCUUAAUUUUUUGGUAGGGGUGAAACAGAGUAGCUCUGGGACAUGCUGAAUCGUCAGUAUAAUUUUUAUGAAUUAUAUCUGAGAUUGCUCAGAUAAAGCCGCAUGAUAUUUAAAUCACGUAUUCCAAUCGAUUUUUCUUGUUUGGUUUUUUUUUUUUUUUCAUUAUUUUUUUGCAUCAAAACCAUGUAUUGUCAGGACGCUACCAUUCAGUGACGUGCAAGCGAGAGCCAUUCAUCCUGCAGGAGUUUAACGUCUAAUGUGAAACCGUAUUAUAUAAGAGGCCAGACACCGUUUCGUUUUUAAGCCAAGGUAUUUAUUGCAGCCACUUUUACUUCUCGGGCCGUGAAUGUAGCUGACUGACUGUAGUCCUUAGGAAUAAAUGAACAUGAGGGAAUUAAGGUGGGAGUUCUGAACCACACAGCCGCCUCGCCACAGAGGCGACUUUUAUUUACAGUGUCAAAGAAUAAUAAAGCGAUAUUUUAAACAGUGUAUACAGCGUUACUUAUGAAUUACGAGAUAUGCACCGGCGCGUGUUCACGUUUUAACCACCGAUCUUCACAUUCUGAACUUUUCAUCUCUACGUAUUCAGUAAACCAGUAUCAGAAACAAACAUAAAAGCAGAGAGUCUUUGUAUGUGAAUAGUAAUAUAGAAAUAUCAGCUUUAAUGAUGAUGAUGAUGUACCUUUUGUUUCCCCUCCCCUCCUGUUGUUGUUUGUUGUUCUGUUCUGUUCUUCUUCGUUUUUGAGCACUUGUCGGCCAUAUUGAUUCUUUUUUUACGCGUCUUACCUCUUACGUUAUUUGGUUUCCGUCUGUGAUCUUUUGUCUGAUCUUUUGUUUUUUUGUUUACACCUUAAUCCUCUGUUUGGUGGCCUGUAGUUGAGCUGUUGAGUUAUGUUGAGUUGAGUUGUGUUAUUUUAUCUGUUCUCUCUGGAUUAGUGCCUUUUUCUCUGGUGUGUCAGUGUCUCCGGCCUGCUGCUGCUCCUCCGUCGAAGCCGCAGCGAGAGAUCAAGUUUGAACUCCUGCCUCCAAACACACACCUUAUAUACACACACACACACACACCAGCCAACCAACCCACCAAACAAUCAACCCACCCACCCACUCACUCACUUACCCCGUUUACCAAACACACAAACACACCUACACCAGUGCACCAGUGUCUUCAUGGAACCAGUCCUUCCUAUUUAAAUGUCUCGUAUUCUCUUACCUAAAGAUACUUAAUGUUUUGGCUGUUCCUUUUUUGUUUCCCUUUUUGUUUUGGGCUCUUUUUUUAUUUGCAUUUUUUUUUUUUUUCAAUUAAUAAAAAUGAAAUUCUGAAAAUA